UGCAGGCGCAACUGGCCUCAAGGAAGUCAUGGAUGGUCUUGGCCCCGUCAGGGCUGCCGCGAGCUGGCAUUUUGUGGAGUGCGGAGCCCGUAAGUUCUCUUCGCGGCCUAUGUAUGAAAAAUCAAUAUAUACUGGUUGCCUUGCACCAUCUCAUACAUCCACACUCUCCCCAGCGUUUCCCUUGUCACUAUGUCGGAUCCAAGGAUCUUCACACAACAACUCGCAGAAAAGCAGAAGCUAGACUCCCGUUCAAACUCGGAGGAAAGCAUAGCAUCUGUUGGCGACCAGGACAUACAGCAGGAGCAAGAGGUUCUUGACCUCGUUCGCAAAUAUACGUCACAAUCGCAGCAAAACUACGGAUCACCCUUCGAGGCUACAAAAGGCGGUCGACUAGAUCCACAAAGCGAUCAGUUUCGAGCUCGAGAUUGGGCUAAAGCCUUCUACGAAUUAAAGUACAGUGGCGAUGAGUCUGUCGCUCGUGUGGCAGGCUUCGCCUUCGAGGGUCUCGACGUUUGGGGUCAAGGAAGUCCGACCGACUUCCAAUCGACUGUUGGCAACACCAUCUUGAAGCUCCCAGCUCUAUUCGGCAGAGGUAGCCAAAAGAUUGAGAUUCUUCGAGGUCUGGAUGGUCUCUUACUUCCUGGUGAACAGCUUUGUGUGCUCGGACCUCCUGGUUCUGGCUGCUCCACUCUACUCAAGACUAUUGCCGGCGAGACACAUGGCUUCCAAGUCAGCCCUGAGUCCUACGUAAACUACCAGGGUAUCUCCGCAACUGAUAUGCAAUCCAUGUUUCGUGGCGAAGCCGUUUACACAGCUGAAGUCGACGCUCAUUUUCCUCAACUCAGCGUUGGGGAUACACUGUACUUUGCAGCACUUGCUCGUGCACCUCGCAACCUACCUGGUGGUGUGGCAAAAGAACAGUAUGCGGCUCAUUUGCGCGAUGUUGUGAUGGCCAUGUUUGGCAUAAGUCACACCAUGAAUACACGUGUUGGCAACGACUUUGUCCGAGGAGUCAGCGGCGGUGAACGCAAGAGAGUAACCAUUGCUGAAGCUACAUUGAGCUUUGCACCCUUACAGGCGUGGGAUAACAGCACGCGUGGAUUGGAUUCGGCAAAUGCAGUCGAGUUCUGCAAAACACUCCGUACUCAAUGCGAUGUCUUCGGGACUUCUGUUUCCGUUGCUCUCUAUCAGUCCCCGCAGGCUGCAUAUGAUCUGUUCGACAAGGUUACUGUUCUCUAUGAAGGUCGACAAAUCUAUUUCGGUCCUGCGCGAGAGGCGCGCGAUUACUUCCAGCGCCUAGGUUUCGAAUGUCCAGAGUCUCAGACAACACCCGAUUUUCUCACUUCGAUGACCUCGCCUGCCGAACGUCGCAUUAGAUCUGGCUACGAGAACUCAACCCCCCGAACGUCUGACGACUUUGCACGCUGCUGGAGGGAAAGUGCAGAACGACAACUACUCUUGCGCGACAUUGCAGAGUACAAGCAGAACCAUCCACUCGGUGGUACUGGUUGUGAGCAGUUUGCCACGUCCCGAAAUUUGGAAAAAUCACAGACACAACGGUCAACAUCUCCAUUCACCUUGUCAUACUGGGGACAGGUCCGUCUCUGUAUGUGGAGAGAAUUGAAGCGGCUCAAAGGUGACCCAAGUGUGCCGAUAACAAUGCUCACUGUCAAUUUCUUUGAGGCCCUGAUCAUUGCUUCCAUCUUCUACAACUUGCCAGCAAACACGUCUUCACUCUUCAUGAGAGGCGCCGUCCUGUUCAUGAUGGUGCUACUGAACGCAUUCAGCAGUAUGCUGGAGAUUAUGAGCCUUUAUGCAAAGCGCCAGAUCGUAGAGAAGCAUAAUCGAUACGCGCUCUACCACCCAAGCGCAGAAGCGAUGGCAUCAAUGGUCGUAGAUCUGCCUCACAAGAUACUGAACGGUCUUGUCGUAAACUGCACUCUCUAUUUCAUGGCUAAUCUGCGCCGAGAAGCUGGAGCAUUUUUCUUCUUCUACCUGAUCGCCUUCACCAUGACUCUCUCAAUGAGCAUGUUUUUCCGCUUGUUCGCAAGUAUGACCAAGACUAUCGCACAGGCCCUUGCGCCUAGCUCUAUCAUCCUGUUGGUGUUAGUGCUCUACAUGGGCUUUGGAAUUCCAGUCAAGUACAUGAAAGGGUGGGCAAGUUGGGUCCGAUGGAUAGACCCGGUAUCGUACGGUUUCGAGAGCGUGAUGGUCAACGAGUUUCACGACCGACAAUUUCCCUGCGCUAGCUUCGUCCCCUCUGGCCCUGGCUAUGAGAAUAUAUCCGCUGAGCAGCAAGCAUGUGCGGUGAUUGGAUCUCAGCCCGGCCAGAAUUUUGUUGGUGGUACCGCCUACGUCGAGACAGCGUUCUCAUAUAACUGGAACAAUCGCUGGAGGAAUUUCGGGAUCAUGGUGGCCAUAACAAUUAUCUUGCUCAUCACUCAUCUCGUCAUGUCGGAGCUUGUUGCUUCAGAGCGUUCAAAGGGCGAGGUCCUGGUAUUUCGACGCUCAAAGAUGGCAAAGGCCGCGCGGCAACGUGGAUCGGAUGAAGAGACCGGCAAGAUAUCCGCUCACCGAGGCGAGAAGACUGACAACAGCGGCACGUCCACACCCAAUGUUCAGAAGCAGCAAUCAGUUUUCCACUGGGAGAGUGUGAACUAUGAAGUACCGAUCAAGGGUGAGACGCGCCAGAUCCUGGACGCAGUGGACGGCUGGAUCAAACCAGGGACACUCACAGCACUUAUGGGAGUCUCCGGUGCUGGUAAGACCACCUUGCUCGACGUUUUAGCAAGUCGCACAACGAUGGGCGUCAUUUCUGGGAGCAUCUUCGUGGAUGGACGGGAACGCGAUGAAAGCUUCCAACGAAAAACCGGAUAUGCGAUGCAACAGGACCUGCACCUUGAAACUUCUACUGUCCGCGAAGCACUCGAGUUUUCAGCCCUGCUGCGACAACCCAUCGAGUAUUCUCGAAGCGAGAGGCUAGCAUACGUGGAUCACGUCAUAGACCUCCUCGAUAUGCAAGAAUACGCAGAUGCUGUCGUCGGUAGACCUGGCUCAGGACUCAAUGUCGAGCAGCGCAAGCGCUUGACAAUCGGUGUUGAGCUUGCGGCCCGACCUCAGCUUCUUCUGUUCCUCGACGAACCCACAUCUGGAUUGGAUAGCCAGACUGCGUGGUCCAUCUGUGAUCUCAUGGAAAAGCUUACACGUAAUGGACAAGCUAUUCUUUGUACAGUCCACCAGCCAUCGUCCCUCCUCUUCCAGCGAUUUGAUCGUAUCUUGCUCCUUGCGAAAGGUGGCCGGACAGUCUACUUUGGUGACAUUGGCACCAACUCAACCGUUCUUCUCGACUACUUCGCGCGAAAUGGCGGACCUAAGUAUGCUCCAGGAGAGAAUCCCGCUGAAUACAUGCUUGCGGCGAUCGGCGCGGCCCCUGGAGCUCAAACGUCGAUCGAUUGGCCUCAAGUGUGGAAGGACAGCCAGGAGCACAAAGAAGUAAAAGCGGAGCUUUCAAGACUACGGGAUCUUGUCAACUAUCCAUCCGCUGUCAUGGACUCUACCGAUGGAAGCCAUCAAGCGUUCGCCGCAUCCUUCACGACCCAGUUCUCUACUGUAGCCGCGCGUGUUGCUCAGCAGUACUGGCGCACUCCUUCGUAUAUCUACUCCAAGGCCAUCUUGACCGUUGGUUGCUCGCUUUUGAUCGGUUUUUCGUUCUUCCAAGGAAUCAACACUCAACAAGGUCUCCAGAACCAGAUGUUCGGCGUUUUCAUCUUUCUCUUCGUGGUCAUUCAACUCAUUUACCAGAUCCUUCCCAUGUUCGUCGUACAGCGUACGUUGUAUGAAGCUCGUGAACGGCAGUCGAAGACGUAUGCGUGGCAGACGUUCGUCUUAUCCAAUAUUAUGAUCGAGAUGGCCUGGAAUGCUUUCAUGGCUGUCCUCUGCUUCCUCGUUUGGUUUUAUCCCGCUGGCUUGUACCGGAACAUGGAGAUCACGGAUUCUGUCAAUAUCCGUUCCUUCCAUACACUGCUCCUGGUCGUCGUCACCUUCCUUUUUGCAUCGGCCUUGGCACACAUGCUGAUCGCAGGAAGCCCCAAUGAGGAUGUCGCAGGCGCAUUCGCAACGCUGAUGUCUAUCAUGCUUUACGCUUUCUGCGGCAUUCUCUCGGGGCCGAGCACACUUCCUCGCUUCUGGAUCUUCAUGUACCGAGUCAAUCCAUUUACAUAUCUGGUGUCCAGCUUUAUGUCCACCACGAUCGGUCAGACACCUGCAUACUGCGCGGACGCUGAGUUCCAGGUCUUUGCCCCGGCGAACGGGACCUGUGCUGAGUACAUGCAACAAUACAUGUCAGUGGCUGGAGGCUACCUUCGCGACGAGCAGGCAACAGAUCAAUGCCAGUACUGCCAGAUCGAUAACACCAACCAGUUUCUCACUCGCAUCAACGCUAGUUGGGAUACACGCUGGAGAGAUUUCGGCCUUCUCUGGGUAUAUGUCGCGUUCAAUGUUGCCGCUGCAAUGUUCUUCUAUUGGCUGUGCCGCGUGCCUAAGGGCAAAAAAUCAAAGAACUGAGCGAUGGAGACCCAAGUUCGAGUUCAUGGCGUACCGGUUAUCUUGAUAAUUUCUGAGCCAGUACAAACGCGCAAGCAAUCGAUAGACUUUUUAGAUUUCAUAGCUUCUAGAACUUAGAUAUGGUGUAAUGGCAGCAGCGAUACUUCAG